AUGAGAAGAACCCUACAAGAAUUUAAACCACAAUGAGACUCGAUGCCAAGACAGGGAUGAGCGUUUGCAGUUCAGAGAAGCUCAGAUCUGCCCCACCCUCAAGGUGAAGAGCGGGUUACCGAUAAACACCACCGUAUCCAUUACCGGACCCCUGUCCAACUGCACAUGCCAAGCCUGCCUUCGAGACAGCUUCACUCUUCAGAACGACGACAACCCAACCUCCAAACCACCACAUAGCCCCCCCAAAACAUGUUCAACGCCCUCAACCGAUUCAUAUCCCGUCUCGACGGUGAUGCGCCUCCCCAGACAAGAGAAACCCACAGCGGUUUCGGCUUCCAAGUCCUGCGCAACACCAACCUCGAGCUCUCCAUCGAGCCAUGGUUCGACUACGUAGUCGGCAUCAACGGGCGCAUGAUUGAAUCCUCCGACCCCUCCCUCUUCGCCCAGGAAGUCCGCAACUGCGCCGGCUCCUCAGUGAUGCUCGGCCUCUGGUCCGCCAAAGGCCAGCGCACACGCGCCCUCCACGUCCCCGUCCCCGCCGACACCGCCUCCCUAGGCCUCACCCUCCAAUGGACCCCGCUCUCCGUCGUCUCCAACAUCUGGCACGUCCUCGACGUCCCCGCCAACUCCCCCGCCGACGCCGCCGGCCUCCUCCCCUACAGCGAUUACAUCCUCGGCACCCCCGAGGGCGUCCUCCACGGCGAAUCCGGCCUCUCCGAGCUGGUAGAAGACCACAUCGGCCGCCCCCUCCGCCUCUACGUCUACAACAACGAAUACAACGUCACGCGCGAGGUCACCAUCCAGCCCUCGCGUGACUGGGGAGGAGAGGGAGCUCUCGGCUGUGUCCUCGGCUAUGGCGCCCUACAUCGCAUCCCUGCCCCUCUCAGCGAGCCAGUUCAAGCUCCCGGUGAGACUCUCUUUGAUGGCAGUGAAUCUGGUGGUGGCAUCCCUCAGUUCGGCGCUGCCCCAAGGUCAUUCUCACCUUUUGUUCCGGCGGCUACCACAGCUACUCCUCCCCCUCCAUCCUCCUCGGCAGACUUUCUUGUCCCGGCUCAACUACUUAGCCCGCCUCCAACAACAGGCGGUACUGCACCACCCCGAGGCAAAAAGAAGGAAAGGGGCCACCAUACGGGACCGAAUCUCAUGGACGAUUACUUCAAGGAACAGGAAAAGAAGAGCAGAGAAUUGGACAACGCGCCAAGUCGAACUGCCUCACCGUUGCCACCUCCCCCAAAAACCGGAGGGCCACCAAUGGGAGGGCCGCCCAGGGCUGGAAGCAUACCUCCACCCAAGGAGGGAGAGUGAACAUCUUGAAAUGUGUAUUUUGUUUAUACCAGCCCUGCCUGUUUAUCAUAUAAAGUUAUCUGUAUGGCCUUGAUUCUUGUCUUGUUGCUGUAAAAU